AUCUCGGCUCCCGUUUUGUGUGUUGGGGGGAUGGGGCCGUGCCGAGGAUGAGAAAGCUCUCGUGGUGCAAAUAUUUACCACUUGACUAACUAAAAUAUUUCUUCCCGAACUGGACUUCCCUCGCUCUUUUUGUACAGAGAUACUUUCGGGCCACGUAUGUGUUUGGGAGGCAUACGGGAACAGUAAAGUGGAGUACCCGUACGUCCACGGCACACGCUUAAAUCGACAAAAUGUAUUCCUCUGCUGGAGCUGCUGAGAUGCUUGAGGGACCCCUUUCAUCUGGGUCAAUAGGCUCUGACCCCCCAUCUCCCCCAGUGCCAGAGUAUGUGUUCAAGCCGCCAUCACGGCCAGACUUUGGCACCAUGGGCAGGACAAUCAAGCUGCAGGCUAACUUCUUUGAGAUGGAAAUCCCCAAACUAGAGGUGUACCAUUACGACAUUGACAUCAAGCCUGAGAAAUGCCCCAGGAGGGUCAAUCGGGAAAUUGUGGAGCACAUGGUCCAGCACUUUAAAACACAAAUUUUUGGGGAUCGAAAACCUGUAUAUGACGGGAGGAAGAAUCUCUACACAGCCAUGCCCUUGCCUAUAGGCAGAGACAAAGUGGAGCUUGAAGUGACCAUUCCCGGUGAAGGCAAGGACCGCAGCUUCAAAGUGGCCAUCAAGUGGGUGUCCUGUGUUAGUCUGCAGGCUCUGCACGAGGCGCUAUCGGGACGGCUACCCAACAUCCCCUUUGAGACCAUUCAAGCCCUGGACGUGGUCAUGAGACAUUUGCCCUCUAUGAGGUAUACUCCCGUGGGCCGCUCCUUCUUCACUCCCUCAGAAGGAUGUUCAAACCCCCUCGGUGGGGGCAGAGAGGUGUGGUUUGGGUUCCACCAGUCGGUCAGGCCUUCCCUCUGGAAAAUGAUGCUCAACAUUGAUGUUUCGGCCACUGCAUUCUACAAAGCCCAGCCUGUAAUUGAGUUCAUGUGUGAGGUCUUGGAUUUCAAAAGCAUUGAAGAACAACAGAAGCCCUUAACAGACUCUCAGAGAGUAAAAUUUACUAAGGAAAUCAAAGGUUUGAAAGUGGAGAUCACUCACUGUGGGCAGAUGAAGAGGAAGUACAGAGUAUGCAAUGUGACCAGGAGACCAGCCAGCCACCAGACGUUCCCUCUGCAGCAGGAGAAUGGCCAAACUAUUGAAUGCACAGUAGCACAGUAUUUCAAAGACAAGUACAAGCUGAUUCUGCGGUAUCCACACCUCCCAUGUCUCCAGGUGGGACAGGAGCAGAAGCACACCUACCUGCCUCUAGAGGUGUGUAACAUAGUGGCAGGCCAGCGCUGCAUCAAGAAGCUAACAGACAAUCAGACCUCCACUAUGAUCCGUGCCACAGCCCGAUCAGCACCCGACCGUCAGGAUGAGAUCAGCAAAUUGAUGAGAAGUGCCAACUUUAACACUGACCCUUAUGUUCGGGAGUUUGGAGUGAUGGUGAGGGAUGAGAUGACAGAAGUGAACGGCCGCGUAUUACAGGCACCUUCCAUUCUCUAUGGAGGCAGGAACAAAGCAAUAGCUACACCAAUCCAGGGAGUGUGGGACAUGAGGAACAAGCAAUUCCACACCGGCAUUGAGAUCAAAGUGUGGGCCAUCGCUUGCUUUGCCCCGCAGAGACAGUGCACUGAAAUUCUGCUCAAAGCAUUUACAGAUCAGCUGAGGAAAAUCUCUCGGGAUGCGGGGAUGCCGAUCCAGGGUCAGCCUUGCUUCUGUAAGUACGCCCAGGGAGCCGACAGCGUGGAGCCCAUGUUCAAACACCUCAAAUACACCUACCAGGGCCUCCAGCUGGUGGUGGUCAUCCUGCCAGGGAAGACGCCAGUCUAUGCUGAGGUGAAGCGUGUUGGUGACACGGUGCUGGGCAUGGCUACACAGUGUGUGCAGGUGAAGAACGUUCAGAAAACCACACCUCAGACCCUCUCCAACCUCUGUCUGAAGAUCAAUGUCAAGCUGGGCGGUGUCAACAACAUCCUCCUCCCUCAGGGCAGGCCUCUGGUGUUCCAGCAGCCUGUCAUUUUCCUUGGUGCAGAUGUGACACAUCCGCCUGCAGGAGAUGGGAAGAAGCCCUCUAUCGCUGCUGUGGUCGGCAGUAUGGAUGCUCACCCCAGCCGCUAUUGUGCUACAGUGCGGGUCCAGCAGCACCGCCAGGAUAUCAUCCAGGACCUGGCCACAAUGGUGAGGGAGCUGCUCAUCCAGUUUUACAAGUCCACACGCUUCAAGCCCACUCGUAUCAUCUACUACCGCGAUGGCAUUUCUGAGGGCCAGUUCAACCAGGUUCUUCAGCACGAGCUGUUGGCAAUCCGCGAGGCCUGCAUCAAGCUAGAGAAGGACUACCAGCCUGGCAUCACCUUUGUGGUUGUGCAGAAGAGACAUCACACCAGAUUGUUCUGCAUGGACAGGAAUGAGCGGGUUGGCAAGAGUGGCAACAUUCCUGCAGGCACCACAGUGGACACCAAAAUCACUCAUCCGUCAGAGUUUGACUUCUACCUUUGCAGUCACGCUGGCAUACAGGGCACAAGCAGGCCAUCUCACUACCAUGUGCUCUGGGACGACAACCACUUCACUUCGGAUGAGCUGCAGGUCCUCACCUACCAGCUGUGCCACACCUAUGUGCGCUGCACCCGGUCAGUCUCCAUCCCAGCACCAGCCUACUAUGCCCACUUGGUGGCUUUCCGCGCCCGCUAUCACUUGGUCGACAAAGAGCACGACAGUGCUGAAGGCAGUCACACAUCAGGCCAGAGCAAUGGGCGUGACCAGCAGGCCUUGGCCAAGGCUGUUCAGAUCCACCAGGACACCCUUCGCACCAUGUACUUUGCCUGAGUAUGCAGGUUGGCGGGGGUGAGAUCCCACUGCUGGAACCCAGUACACCUCCCUGCCUCACUGUCAGGUGUAGAUACAUCACAGUGGUCUCAAACAGUGAAUUCCCUACCCAGCAGGCCUGUCAAUUUUCCAGUGUUUCCUCAAUCAUAUAAGCCCACAUGUGCAAGCCCCUAACCCACCCAAACGUUCUAGCGAUUAGACUGUAAAGUUUAAAAAAAUCCUCUGUAUUGGGGUUUGGAUGGCGGAGUUAUUACUGGUAUUUACAUAUUGUGAAUUAGUGUGUAUUUGUAAAUGUCAUGGGGUCAUGUGUUUACAAAGUAUGAGUUAAAGGUAGAGAGGUUUGUAGACUGACAGAAGAAAUCUACCAUUUCUACACUAGUGGGCAGUAUCAUUCUAUAAUGGGUGUGGUUUAGACUUCAGAAGAACCCAUCCACUUUAUCUUUCUCCUGUUUUUAUUCUAUUUGAUAGGGGCCUGGUGCUUGAACAGAGGAGGGGGCAUCAAAAGAUCGGGAGCGGGGGGCACUCACAGUUCAUAGGCCCAAUCAUUUUGUUCCUCUGACAAACAUUAUUUAUCAGCCAAUCAAAGCAAAGUGCACUGACCAGAAUGGAUACUUUAAUCAGGACGAAAGUACUUAAUAUAUCGAAGGUUGCGUCUCAAAUCCUACUUUAAAUUCUCACGUAGGGCACUAUGUGAAGAAAAGUGCCAUUUGAGACCACCAUUGUGUUGACAUUUUUAUGUACAGCUAUGAAUCAAGUGGACCGCAUUUGCUGGGUUUUUCAGUAUUUGUCCUUGAUUGACACUGGUGACCAACAUGUUUUUAUGUCAGGUUUGCUGACAAACAUCAGAUUUGUAUAUGACCCUUUUAAACCAACACUUAUUUUAUUUUAGAAGAGGGCCUUUAAUUUUGAUGAGAUUGAAAGAACAGCAAUUUUCUGCUUUCCUGCCUCGCUUCUUACUUGGAAUUCAUUAAGUUGCAUCACUUAUCUUUUUCCCAUGCUGCCGAGAAAUGGUUGGGACUGGCUCCCGACAAGGACACCUUUCAAGUGUACUCUGAGCCGUGUUGAUACGAGAAUACAUGAUACAGACAUCUACAUGGGGGAACAAUAAUGAAAUCUUGCGUGUCCCCAUCUGUUUUUAUAGUCUCGCUAUUUUAAUUUUAAUCGUUUUUGUAAUGAAUAUGCAUGUAGAUGACUCAUAUUUUUUAGACGUUUAGGUAUUUGUGAUAAUUGUUUAUUUUUUUUCUUUUAGACACAUUAACCCUAGUUCUGUUUUUUUUAUAUAUAUAUAUAUAUAUGGCAGCAAAAUAGUCUCUCUGCAGUGUCAUUGUCAGAACUGGAUGUUGGUCUGGCAACUUAGUAUCCAGGCGUUUGGUACAGUAGAAUGAGACCUGCAACAUUUGCCUCUGUUUCAACAGAGCCUGGAGUGAAGAAUGACAGAGUAAAAUUUAAUUGAUCAAGAUUCCCUAAGUCAAUUUCAUUAUAGUGGUUGCUCCAUGAAUUAGGAGCACUUGUGGCCACACAAAAGCUUGGAUUUUAUGCAAAUGAUUUUUUGUGAGUCUUUAUAGUAUGCAGAAUUGUUGAUUAUAGGGUAUAUUUUGAAUAAGCUUUCAGGGGAGACUGAUAAAACUAUUAUAGAAGCAGUUUUUUAAAAAAUGACUGGCCCAUAUGUACUCCAAAUUAACACUGUCUAUUUGUAUACACAGAACUUAAAAUGCAAAUGUUCUAUUGCCUUCCAAGUCUGUCGCUGAUAUUGUACUAAUAACUCUAGACAUUUCCUAGCUUCCCAUCUAAGUUUUAAGUUUUACUACUUACAGGUUAAGUUGGCGAAUGUUCAUAUAGUCUUGAUUGGAGGGGAAUAAUCUCUAUUUUCUAACUAUGCAUUGUUUUUAACCAAGAGAUUUAGCAGUGGGGUUUCUCUCAUGAAUUUGGGUCAUUUAUAGAGGUAGCUAAUCAGGGCUUUUAUGUUUGUUUGUUGUUGAUGUUUUUUUUUGUUUUUUUUUUCCUUUGCAUUUUUGCAUUUAGUAGCGUUUCUUAGUGCUUAUUAGUAUCUUCAUGCCUUUGUAACGGUGUGAAGGUUUAAUGUCCUCAUUUGUAUUGUUGUAGAUUUUAUAGCACAAAAAUUGGGUAUAUCCUUUGUAACACACAAUCUUUCUUAGCCAAACAAGAUUACAAAUUUUUACAUGAGUAAUAUUCAAAAGAAAUGGAAGCACAAAAGGACAUCUUGAUUCUAGGUGCUAGAAGUUUUCACUGUAAAGCCACCUUAAAUCCUCACUGGACUGGUCCAAGAGGCUUUUAACUUGUUAGACAUUAUGCGAAAAGAUGCGUAACCAUUUUAAUCUCCCUCAAUAACCUCUUUUGUUACCCUUGUUCCUCAUUACCUGUAAACUAACUCGAAAUCCGACUGACUGUGUUUGUGGGGCAUUCUGAAAAUCAUGUACUUGAUAUUUACUGUUAUGAUGUCAAUAUUGUUCUUAUCGGUGCUGGUCUCACAACAUGUAAAUUUGGAUGCACUUUUGAUAGCAGAAAGUUGGUAUGAUGCGACUUCUAUAGAUUUUUGUUUCUCAAUCGAAGCAGGAGGCUUGGCCAUAUUGUGCGACACUGGUGUAAUUGUAUGGAAAUGGCUGUGUGUUCUACCUCUUGUUACCUGUUAAAGUGUUAUGGUAACAUCACACCGCUGGCCAUUUCCUUAUAAUUACCCCUGCUAUCUAUCUAAUUGGCAUCGUUUGAGUCCUGCAUUGACACUCGAGGUUUUAAACGCUUGGUAUGCAUGGUGGUGAGCGUGCUUUCUCAAUUUUAUGUAGUUUUUGUGUGAUAUUCAUAGGUUUGCUCAAAAUGAUAACUUCAAGAGAGAAAGUGGUUUCUUUUCUUUUCCUUUUUUUUUUCUUUAAGGGAUUUUUUCAAGCAUUGAGCUAUACGACCAAAUUCUUGAAAUGUAUUUUAUAUUUAUAAGUAGCUUUCCCUCUUUUCUUUUUCUUUCACUCUGUGCGCCAGUGGAAUAGCAGUCACCUUGUUUUUCGCCUGAGAAUCAUAACAACAAAUGCAAAGCCCACAUCAGGAUAAUCACAGUAAGGUCACCUGCAUAUCUUUGAUUUGUGCAAAAGGUUUACGGACCAUAGUUUCGCUGUUGGGUAGACUGUUAAAAGUUGCUUGCAAGCUUACAAAACCUAGCUAGUAUAUCCCACUUAAAAACAAUCAGCUUGAAAACUGUUAAACAUUUAUUAGAAUCUGUGUGAAUUGCUGCAGUGUGCAUAGGGUAUACAGCAAAGCCUCUGAUCAGUCACAUUUUAGCACAUGUUUUUUUCUUUAUGUAUUGGUGUAUUCUAAUCAUACAUUUGAAUUGCUCUGCUCAUUCAUGACUAUGAUUGGAUUAUUAUUGGUUAUGCUUAGUUAAUCAAACAUGGAGCCCUAUGUCAGGUGAAGCCAUGUCAUUGGCUCUCUGCAUUGAAACAUGAAUGUCCUCGUCUGUGUGAAUGCAGGUCUUUACAAAAUGCUGCCACAAGGCUCCACGUUCUUCACUCAUCCAAAUGUUCAGUCUGCAAAUAGUUUCUCAAAGGGAUACCUUGACAUUUUGGUUUUUGGUGUGAGGAUGUUAAUCGUGGGGGAAGAAGUUUCUGUACUUGCCAUUCAGGCUCCCCAGAAUGGCUUGUCGGCAUUGUUAGCAUUUCUCCUAUAAACCAAAAGACACGGCUAGCUUCACUCUCCACACAAAACAGUGAGUGACCCAAGAAAAUAAAACGCCAACCUUCAAAACGCCAAGGUAUCCUGUUCAACAGACGUGGUUUAUACUUGUUGUUACUGCUCAUUUAUGUUUUACAUUACCUUUACCAGCACCUUAGAAUACCAGACCUGAAUGGCAUUGCUUUUCCUGGAAAAAAAAAAAAUAAUAAUCAAAUAUUUGAUAAUGUUAUUUUUGCACUAAACUUAAAUGGACUUUUGUAGCUGUUGCAGUAUUGUGAGUGUAGUAUUUAUCAGGUGGCAAACUGGCAGCUCAUGUUUUUUAUUGGAAAGGAACAAUCGGGGUUGGUGGCUUUUCACGGCUAGCUCACAUUGCACAGCCAACACGUCUGAGAGCCUCAAUAUGUGCACUACCCAUUCAGAUAGCCACACCCGUUGAUCAAGAGGGAAUCCACCUAGCCAACCAGCAUGCAGAGGAUGACUUUUUAGAAAUAGCCUGAUGCCUUUAAACGUUAGCGAAGGGGUGAAGUCUCAGUGGUUUGUUGUCAUUGGUGUUGGUGGGUUUGCCUUUGCACUGCGGUGAGGUAGAAAGGUGCUUUAUGCAAAAUAAAUAAACUGACAGGUAUUGUAAAGAACUGAUUAGCUGUUGACAUUCAGUUUUCUAUUAUCACACUGCUUGUUGUAGACACAAUGCCAAAGUAUUGUGUGAGGAAGUGUGCUGGAAGUUAGUAUGUGUAAUAUUACGUUGUCACAGUCCUUGCUCAAGACUGCAAUGUGCAUAGAGGGGUCAUGCUUACAUAGGGCCGCAUUAUGUGUCACAUAGAACUAGCUACAUAUCAAUAUUUAGAUUAAGCAUUUCCUUUUUCAAACAGACUGAGUUUAUUGUAUAUAAGCAUUGUGAGCCAAAUCAAGAAUGUGUAUGGAAUACAUGACUUGUGGCCAUAGGGAGCUCAUCUAUGUAUGGAUACACCAGCCUGGAUGAAUGUGACUCUGUCUCACAAGGAGCUGAGUGGUAGCCCAUGUGCAUGAUGAGGCAUAAUAACAUUAAAAACACAAAACUCUUUAUUUCUUGGAGUGGCCAAAAAAGGAAAGCAAACAUUCUGGAGAUGCCUGACUUGUCAAACUACACAGCAUAUCAAAGGCUUAUUUAUCUAACCAGUUUUUUGUUUUUUGUUUUUUUCCCCCAAAACUACACAUGCCCUUAUGUUGUGGAUAUGCUUGAAUGUCAAUCUAAAAGAGGCUAAGACAAAAUUCUUCAGCGUUUGACGAUCAGCCUGUUUCCUUUUUUAAGCAAACUUACUGGCAUCACAUUGUCUUUGAAUAAAAAUGUCCUAUUUUCAAAUGACAUGAAGCUAUAUAAGUUGAAAUACAUCCGUUUAUAUGUUAUAUAUAUAUAUACAUAUAUAUAUAACAUUGCCCUCUGUACAGUAAUAUCUCCUCUGCCUCUUCAUCUCUUCAGGUAUUGCUGACGUAAAGAAACCUCUUGUAGAGUAGAACCUACUUUCUUAGCUCCAAAUGUAACAAUGAAUGUACUUAGAGCCAGGUUGUUUUAUUGUAUAGGCUGUCCAUCCAGUACGUUUCCACUCAUGUUCACUUUCUAUGCACAGCCUUUUUAUUAGCAUAACAUUUGAAUCUAACCAUCUUAAUUUUUGGUGUUCCUCUUUUUCAAUUUAUAGGCCUAAUGGAGGAAACCAAUACAUUUUCUUUAUGUCAUUGAAGUGACAGUUAACCCUAAAACAACAUUUGACCCAUAAAACAUCUUAAGACCGUGUAAAGAGCAUGGAACUGUGUGAUUUGACACGGAAAUGUGAUUAUUUGAGAGGGUGUACGACCAGGGAAGUACGACCAAAAUCUUACAAACUGAUAAAAUAGGAUUUCCCCCCCCACUUUUUUUUAUAAAUGUUAUUGUAAAGUCACGACAGUUAACCGUGUGAGUUUACAAAGCCAUAGGGUUAUCAUGCACUUUAAACAGAAUAUCAUCUGCAUAGGAGCUGAUAGAAACCUCCUCACUGAUUUACAUGAGAUAAAUAGAUCUACCGUUCAAAUAUCUUUCUCUAAAUGCUGGCUACUGUACUUUAGGCGGCAAAUGUUUCACACUGGUGCAAAGAGUAGUCCUGUUUUCUGUCCUGUAAUGCUUGUGUGAGGUGCUGUAACAUAAGAGCUGUGUGUGUAUAUAUGAUGGUUGCGGUGUAGUGUGAUCUUGUUUGCUGUUUUUGGCCUGAGUUGUAGUCGUUGGUCUGAUGUUCCUCUUCAGUCUUUGCAGAGUUGUUCUGCAAAAUCCCAAAAGUUCCCAGUUGAGUUCACUAAUCCGUUAGCACCACGAUAUUGAUGCUCCAGGUAUAGUCCUUGACUAGUGACUGCAUGACAUUAAAAUCCUAGAAGCUAAAGCUUUUGUUUGACUGUUGUCUUUUGUCUCUUGUACUUCUACCUAGCUGUCUCCAAACAUUAUAAAUGACCAUUAAUCCUUUCCAUAACACUGUGUUGGCUUCAGCAGGCCCUGCUACCAUAUGAGAAUCCUGUGUCUUUUCCCUUUGUGUGUUUUCAGUUGAAAGAGACAAAUUUUUAAGUAUCCUGUUGGAUUUGGUUGAGUCAGCUGUCGUCAUGCCAAUGUCCUUUCCUACCCAGAGCCAUGCGACACCGGUGUGUGGUCCCUAAAGUUUCUGAUGCUAAAGUUUGCCUGUAUUGUUGUUUCUAGCUGCAAAUUUGAUGUAUAUAGUACAAAUUCAAAUGGGGGAGCGGCAAAAUUGAAGAAAUGCCCCAAAGACUGGAGGCAGUCUUAAAUCAGACCUUGACAGAUUUCCAUCGAUGAAAACUAAGAAAACUGUUCUCAAGCUUCACCAAACUAAAACAAUACCAUCCAGCUGAUUUACAUGCAUUCAGUCAUGCAAGACUGAUGUAAUUUGUAUUAUGGAAAGCGUUUUUUAGAGCUGCAACGACUAGUCGAAUAUCGAUUAGUUGCCAGUUAUUAAAUUAGUCGCCAGCUAUUUUGAUAAUCAUUUGUUUGAAGUCAUUUUCAAAAAGAAAAUUUCCAGAUUCUCUUGAUUCCAGCUUCUCAAAUGUGAAUAUGUUCUGGUUUCAAAACAAGACAUUUGAGGACGUCACCUUGGGUGUGGGAAAAUGUGUUCAACAUUUUUCACCAUUUUCUGACAUUUUAUGGACCAAACAACUAAUCGAAUAAUCAAAAAUAGUCGGCAGAUUAAUGGCUAAUAAAAAUAACCAUUAGUUGCAGCUCUACAGUUUUGGGCUAUGUUUUCUUUGGGCGUCUUCAGAACGACUUGGCUUUUUAUUUACCAACUUGGAAAAACUACCUCAGAGCGGUGUCGGGUGCUAGCUAAUAUUAGUCCUGAUUUUUAAUGGCAACAAAGACAAAAACUGCAGUGACCAAACCAACACAAGCCAAUAUUGUGUGUGAGCAUCAUUCUCUCUUGAACCUUGGUGAGUGGAAAACCUUGGGAUUAUGGACGAUUUGUUUUUAGGUUGUAAAAGUUUAGAGGACCAAAUUUUGAAAUUGAAGCUCACUUCUCAUUUGUAUGUCCUGUUAUUGUUAUUAUAAUUGUUAUUAUCAUUAUUAUUAUUUUUAAAAACACAGUAAAGACAAAAACAACCCACCAGUGCUCAGCAGAAUCUGGUACUUGUUCAUGUGGCAAUAUAAACUGUAGUCAUGACUGGAUUAUAUUCUGACAAAUGUGCCAUCGUAUUUGCUAUUUACUAUAACAAUGCGUUAUCGAUGUUCCUCCAAAGUGUUGGUGGUGUUGAGGAAUGUUUUUUGCGGCGGUAAAGGAACCACUCUUGUUGGAAUGUUGUAUGUACAGCAAUAAUGUCUGCGCGUGGGUAAUGAAUUGUUGGUAAUUAUUUGGCAGUCUUGACAACGGUCUGUCCUCUGCCAGCAGGUCAAAGCAACUCUCAGCAAGUGUAAGAUUUAAAAUUAGCAAGGCAGUACUGUGCAAACUGAUAGAUUAACAGAGUUCAGUGUCUGGAUUAAGCAACAGGGCUGGUUUGCUUGAAAUCGUAGUCUCCCUGGAGAUCUGCUGGGUCUUAGGUCUGCGUAGUUGUGUUCUCAUGAUGUGUCGUUGCCUAGCGGUGUCAUAAUCUUUGGAACCAGCUCUUGUUUUUUUUUUUUUUUUUAACAGAAUGUAGAAAUCUUGAGGUUUAAUACUGGAUAGAGCCACUCCAAGUGAUCAAAUGCCUGCGUUUCUCUGCCAUGUUACCCUGUACUGCAAUAAAACCAGGGAGGUUCUCCCGGUCUAUUACUCAGUUAAGCUCUGCUUCUCCUGCAAUCUGCCAGAUUCAGUACCGUUGUGAUAAGGUUGAAACAUGUAGUGGUUGCAUGCGACAAUUUACAAAGGGAAUAUACACAUUUGAACAUACUUUGCAAUGCGUCAUGACAUUGUGACUUCAAUGAAAGGUACAUAUGAGGUUGUGUGGCAAUUAACUUCAAAUUCUUGUCAUUUCUGUCUGAGCUGAAAACAUCCAGUGUUUGUAGUCAUUUUAUGUGUGCCUUUUGUAGGAUCUCUUGUCCAUCUCCCCCAACGUUGGGUUUGCCAGUCCUUUUUCUAUGUAGGAUUGACAAAAUAGACAGCGCCACAUAAAAACAAUUUCCAUUUUAAUUAUCAUGCAACCUUGAGUGUAGAUGCUGCAUAGAACGAUCAGUAUUUGUGUUUUGCACUUUCAAAGCAGUCUCAAAAAAAAAAAAAAUCGCCCAUUUGAGGUCGGGCAGAAAGUAAAAAGUAACUGACGAGGUAUUUUAUGGUAUCAAUAGGAAUUAUAAGGAAUAAUAUGACUUUGAAGAGCUUUUCUAAAAAGGUUAAGAUAUAUAUCUAUAUAUAUUCAUGAAGUACCUCAUAAGCCUGAUAUAUGCUGCAUUGACUUUUUUCUUUUUUCUUUAGCGUACUUCAUAUUGUCCAAUAAAAUUUUAAUUUUCCCCUUUGGGAGGUUUGAAUGUCACCAGAGGCUGUGCAUAUGCCUUGACCAAUUAAUCUGAUAGAGCUCUAUUAUACCAUGAAAAGAUGUAACAGAUGAGUAUGUUACAACCUGUGGCCAAAUGAUUGUGUUAUUUAUGCAAUUUGUAAUCAUGCUUAAUCACAUCACAAUAUUUCUCAAUUGUAGCCACAUGAUUUUUUUUAUUCUAUGUUCCUUUUUCAUUUUUGCUUGCAUACGCUCGGUGUCUGUGUAGCCAAAAAUAUUGGGUUUAGGCGAUGAAGACUUGAUGUGCACCAACCAUCUGGCGAGACUAUGUGGUUUAAUACGACUGUUGACUCAGGUAUUGCCAUGAAAGGGCUGUAUCUGCUUACUGUGUCCCUGUCCCGACCCCUCCCACACACACACACCUUUGUCUUAAAAUAGCCUUAGAUCUACACACAAGGUACUUUUUUCUAUUUGGCCUUAAGAGUUGAACAAAUUAUGCACUACAAUUCCACGAACUUGCCAGAGAGCUUGGUUCCCAUUCUGACAUUUUUUUCUAAUUCAUGUCAUGUCAUUGCCAUGUUAUCUACCUCCUAUGAAUGUAGGGGUGGUCCUGGAGUUGUAGUUGACUUCAAAACCCCUUUCCCCCUCUCUCUCUCUCCAUUCAGAAAUUUUAUUCAUUUAGGGUAAACUGACACUGACAAUCUUGUUUCUUUGCAUUUUUCCUUCUUUCAAAAAUGCAAAAAUAUCUCUCCUAACUUCAUUCAUAGAGCACAGUUUCCAGGACACUCCAUUUGUCUGUUUUCUUUUUUUUCCUCAUUGGCCAUUUUUGUUAUUUAAAUAUUUUUUUAAGUUUCUUUUCAUAGUAAGCCAUGAUGGCAAAGCAAAGUGACCAAAGUCUCUCUUGGCAAAGGCAGCGCUGCACAGCCCUGUGAUUUCAAACCUCCCUUCAUUUGUGUCAUUUGAGCUCAGUCUCAAGUUUGUUUUCCUUAUUUAAACCACGGCAUGCCAAAACUGAAUUUGCUGUCAUUCCUAUUAUGGUGAGGGUCUUUAUGUAGCUGAUUUAAUUUGUUCACAUCCACUGCUAAGCUCCUUGUUCCUUGUUGACGUGAAGUAUAUGUGUAAGCUUUGAUUUCUUUACAUUUCCUUAUUUUUGUUAACAAUUAUGCUUACAAAACACAAGAUAUGCUGUAAACCCUGUUAGGACAUAAUGUGAAUACGUAUCACUUAAUAUAGUUCACUCUUUGGCUUGACUGUAAGUUGCAUUAAUUAAUAAAAUUGUAAAGUUUC